AUGUAACUAUUUUUGUAUGCGUCUUUCAUAAUUUCUACUCAUGUGAAUUCUUCUUGUUCCAAAGAUUUCGUGUUUUGAUUUUGCACGUCAUCUGUUUGAUAAGAGUCCCCUUAGAAGCCUCUACCACUUUCUGCUCUUACUCUUAUGUUAUUAAUUUCAGUGAGAUCAUGCCUAAAUUGUAGCCUCAACACUUAGCUUCUAGUGUGUUAUGCCUUCCCAAAAAGCUUUCGAGCAACAUUUUGUUUGUUAAAUUGUGAUUACAUUGAGGAUGUAAAAUGAUAGCGCAAAAGUGAAAACCCCAACUGCACCAAUCUCUAAAGCCAGAACAGUGUAGGCCGAUUAUACAAGCUAAUAUGUAAAAUUAUAAGGACAUUUGUGUUAUGUUUCUGAUGGAGGACUUAUUCAAGAACAUGACAUUUGCAGCCCACACAAGUGCUGCCGUAGGGUCCAUCGGAUUAAGUGUUGCCCUAACUUACCCCAUUGAUACUUUAAAAACCCUGAUACAGGUUGGAUCAGACUCUAGUAAACAGUUGACUCCAGCUCAGGUUCUUCACCGGGUUCGUACUUUAUCAGGAAAUGCAGGUUUGUACAAUGGUUUUGGUUGGUUGGCUUUGGGGAGAAUGCCAGGUCUUGCGGCUCGGUUUGGUACUUAUGAAAUACUAACAGCUUUUUAUAAAGAUGGUCGAGAAGACAACUAUGUCUAUGCCUCCGAGGCCCUCAUGGCAGGAGUAGCAACAGGUGCUGUGGUGUCGGUCAUUAACACUCCAUUUGAACUUCUCAAAAUCCGUUCACAGGUCACUUCCGCUUCCCUUGUUCCAAGCACCACUUCAGCUGUAGCAACAAAUAAUGUCUCCCCUUCAAUUGCAAGAUUACUUCGAGGACAUUGUAUGGACAUGAAAUCCCUGAACAAGUCUGUCGGUCUUUUAUCCACUCUUAAUACAAAAUAUCCCAACAUGAUCAGUGCCUUGAAAGAUUACCCGUGGAUGAUGACUGGAUCAGGGAGACCACCAGCUGUGUACAAUGUUAGAAAUCCCCGGGACAUCGUCACUUUAGAAGGGUGGGGUGCUCUAUGGAGAGGUCUGCGGUCAGGAAUCUUCCGAGAUUCUAUUUUUUGCGGCGUAUUUUUUUCAAGCUGGCAAGUUCUUCACCAAGCAAUGCUUGAUUGGAAGGCAGUUUCGAUGGAUCCUCCACCCAGAUAUGAUGAAGAAAUUGGCCCAUUAUCUCCUUUGUCCGUAAGUUUUGCUGCCGGGAUUUCAGGCUCAGUUGCUGCUGCUGCCUCUCAUUGUUUUGACACUGCUAAAAGCCGCUCACAAUGUAUAGUGGUCCCAAAGUUUAUAUCCAUGGAGAGGAGGUUGCUGAAGUGGUCAAGACCCGGGAAUAGAUUCGAGAGUUUUACAGGGAUCCACCCUAGAGAUAGGAACAUACUGUUUCGUGGCAUUUGGCUAAGGAUGGCUCGUAGUGGAGUAGCAUCAUUUUUAUUGGUGGGAAGCUAUUAUUUUGCUGUUGAUCAACUGGUUUCGUGAUGAAUAUCUGACUGUCAAGUAGUAAAAGUGCAUAAAGAUUUAUGUGAGGUACAAGUUAGAAAGGUACUACCUCAUGUAGACAGAUUUUUUUAACAAAGACCUUGUGCCAGGUUCCUGCAUUAAAACUUCGUACUUAGAUCAAGUCAUCAAUUUUUGUUUAAUUUAAACGCCAGAGGGGCGAACACACAGAUAAUGGUAUAUGGUUGCCUUUUAUAACAACAAUCUUACUGUGGAUAAAAUGUGAUUCUUAAUUUCUUA